AGCAAUCAGCGCCCCCGACGCCCCUCCCGGUGUUGCUGGUUCUGGCGCGGCUGCCGCAGCUGCCACCACAGGGCGGCCAAUUGGCGGCUGGAUGUUAGAGCCUCUGGGCGGGGGCAGUGUGACGUCAUCCGGAGGUUGGGGCCAUGCGCCCGCGCCGCCUCCCUUCCCUGGUCCGCCUGCUGCGCCUCAUCUGCACCACCACCAACAACAACAGGAGCAGCAGCAAGAACAACACCAGCGACAGCGAGGAGGAGAGGAAACUCAAGAGGAGGAGGAGGAGGAGGAAGAGGAAGGAGAACAUGAGCGGGGACCGCAAGUGCACCGGCUGCAUCAGCUGCUGCGUCCCAAGGAUGACGGAGUACCACCACCGCCAACGCCGCCGUCGCCACAACAAGAAAGCCUUGUUAGCGGAAGAGACGGUUGGCGGAUGCAGUCGGCGGUGCCUGAGUCCAUCUUCUUCGGUUUGGCGGCCAGCAGCGUUACGGUGCUGGUGUUGCUGCUGCUGCUGCUGGCCGCUGCUGCGCCCUCCCUGGAGGGGGCAGUGGACCCGAGCAAUGAAACACUAGGGCAGGAUGUCGUAGCACAAGUUGUGUACGACACCCUUAAAUCCGUGUACGGCACAGGCCACGGCGCUCCCAACCUCAUCGCUGUCGUCACCAUUGGCACGUACGGCACCGGGCUGGUCUGCUGUGCGGGCCUCAGUCGCAAACUCUGGGCCAUGGCCUCCGACGGUUUCCUGCCCGCCUGGAUCGGGGUCAUCGGUGCAACG